AUGACUUCGACAGAUGUUGGGAACAUCGCCAUCACUGGUGCUGCUGGUUACAUGUACCGUUUCCAGCCCAAAAUCUGUCCGAUCGGAGUUCGAGGUCUUGUUAAAAGUACGACACCAGAGGUCUGGCCGAGCACUGAAGCUGCUGCGGAAGGCCUCAGAGUUCCAGCGGAACUUGUGGAGUAUCUCUGGAAUUCGGGAGAUGACACUCGAACUGCGGGUAUGGGCAGUGCGCCUCCAAUUAAAUGGCAGCCGAAUUGGGCCAAGGAAAAGCUCUUGCGCCACAUUGAUGAAGAGAUCGAUGCACUUUUGGAGCUCGGAAAAGCCAAGAAUAGCUUGAUUGCUUCUUUGUUCGCGGCUGCUAAAGAGUCGUCUCCACGAUCUCUUCCGUUCCUGGAUUGUUCCUAG